AUGGCUAGAGAGAUGGAGAAGGCAAGGAAGGCCACCUCCCCUAAGACCUCAUCAACUAGUUCAGGUCCAAAAAGCCCAGCAAGGAGUGGAGGGUCCCCUCCUCAUAAGAAGAACGUCACCGAGGCACGACCAAAAAAUGAGCAGCAGAACUUCCGUAAAGGCGGUCAAGACUCGGCAACUCAUGAUGAGAGCAAACGCCGUUCACCAACUUUACAAACCUCACCCAAGAGAUCGACAAAACACGAGCAGCCACUGAGCUACUGCAGGCUUCACACCGAGGAGCGGGCAAUAAGGCGAGCUGGUUACAAUUACCAGAUUGCAAGCAAGAUAAAUACAGAGGAAAUUAUUCGGAGAUUUGAGGACAAGUUAUCGCAGGUGAUGGAGGAGCGUGAGAUCAAGAUGAUGAGGAAGGAGAUGGUUCCAAAGGCCCAACUUAUGCCAGCAUUUGACAAGCCAUUCCACCCACAAAGGUCGAGGAGGCCCCUCACCGUCCCCAAGGAGCCGAGCUUCCUGAGGCUCAAGUGCUGCAUCGGCGGCGAGUUCCACCGCCACUUCUGCUACAACUCCGGCGGCGGCGCCAAGGCCGUCAACUGA